CUAGCUUAUAAUAAGCUAAACUGGCAACACUGCUUGUGUGUGUCGUGUGUAUUCCGUCACAAUUGAAGUAUGUAUAUUAAAUUACAUUGCAUUAAACAAAAUGUCCAACGGUGGUGGCUACAAUGCCGACGCUCAGCCUGGCGGUGGCUAUGCUGCUCCUCCUGGCGCAUUUCCCCCACAAAAUGCACAGGUGUCGCCACAAGCUCAGCAAUGGUUUGCGAUGGUAAACAGAGAUCGAUCGGGCAAGAUCAAUUCCGAAGAGCUCCAGGCAGCCCUGAUUAAUGGGCAUGGACAGAAGUUUUCGGACAACGCAUGCAAACGCAUGAUAAGCAUGUUCGACAACGACGCCAGCGGCACCAUCGAUAUCUAUGAGUUUGAGAAGAUCUACAACUAUAUCAAUCAAUGGCUGCAGGUCUUUAAGACCUACGAUCAAGAUGGAUCCGGUCAUAUCGAGGAGGGCGAACUGACGCAAGCCUUCACUCAAAUGGGUUUUGCGCUUACGCCGGAAUUUAUAAAUUUCCUGGUGAAAAAGAGUGAUCCUAAUAACAAAGAGGUCUCGGUGGAUCAGUUCAUUGUGCUGUGCGUGCAGGUUCAGCGCUUAACGGAGGCAUUUAGACAACGGGACACACAACAGAAUGGCACUAUUACCAUUAGCUUCGGGGACUUGUUGGCCAUUGCCAUCCGCAACAUGUAGUAUUGUUGUUAUUGCUGUUUAAAACACAAUAAGUACAAAAGAAUCACAAUAAAAGAA